GAACAGGAAGUGGCACCUUUUUGCAACCAAUGAGCUGCGAGAUUACUCGGACCGCCCUGCCCAAACACAGGCAGCAGGACAAAUUCUUGUUGGAAAUAUGUUUACGAUAUGACCGGCAGGUUGUAUUGAUCUAUUUAAACACUUGCGGUGUUUCUAAAAUGAGACAGGUCUGAGCAGGUAAUUUUAAACCUCACUGCGAUGUUGUAAGAACGCAGCACCGACCACCAACAGCCACUAUUAGCAACGUUAGCGACCUGUCAGAUGCUAGCUGAGGGAGCUGACCGGUAGCGUGUAUAACAAGUUAUUUUAGAGAAGCUCUUUUUUUCGGGGGGUAACGUUACACCGAACGCCUUGGUUGUGUAUUAUUUGUAUGGUAGCAAAUCAACCAACCGAUGUGUUUAUAUUUGUUUGUACCGUUGCGCGGUUGAAAUACAAGCUAGCAAGAGGACGUUAAGUUAGCUUAGCUCGGCUACGUAAACUCAGCAUCCACCAAACUGGACAAAACAUUAGAUUUAGUGGGGUUUAAAUCGGGCUCGGCGGGAUCGCUGACCCCUCAGAAGAAGAUGAAGAAGAGGAAGGAGCUCAAUGCUUUGAUUGGUCUCGGGGACAGCAAGAGGAAGAAGACCAAAAAGGGCUCCGGACACCGGCUUCUCCGAACCGAGCCACCGGACUCGGAGUCCGACUCGAGCUCUGACGACGAUGAUUUCAACAGCCUGAAUGGCGGAGUUAACUUCGGGAAAAGAAGCUACACGCAGUGCUGCAAUGUGUGCUAUCCAUUGUUUCUGUUCAUCAUAUUGGCUGCCUGCGUCAUGGCCUGUGCUGGGCUCAUAUGGAUGCAGAUUGCUCUGAAAGAAGAUCUAGACUCCCUGAAAGAAAAGCUGCACAGCAUGGAAUCCAGCCAGAAGGUGUCAUCAAGUGAAAUACCAAAAUUAAGCGAGGACCAAAACAAGGAGAGACAGCUUGAUGAUAUUGAGAAUGGGGGCAGAGGCCUGAGCAAACUCUGGUCCAACCUGACAGAAAUGAACCGAAAGAUCAGUUUGCUGGACUCUGCUGUCAACCAUUUAAAGGCCAACUUGAAAUCGGCUGCUGAUCUAAUUAGCCUUCCAACAACAGUUGAAGAGCUUCAAAAGAGUGUUGCUACAAUUGGCAGCACACUUACAAGUGUACAACACGAUGUGAAGACUAUGCAGGCUGCUCUUGAAAAUCAGAAGAAAGAUGACGACUUCAAGCAGACAGUGGACAUAACGGAUCUAAGAAAAGCUAUGAGUGAAGUUAACAAGACAGAGGAGCAGCACCACACAUGGACUGAUGAGCAGAUCCACAUCCUCCUCUCUACAGUGGCAGAUCUUCAUCAGAGAGUGGCCUCCUUAGAGAACGGGUCUAAACAAAGUUUGAACAGCAAUGACCCAGCAGCUCAAGUGGCAGUCAGCAGUGAAAGUCCAGUAACUGAGACGAUGAAAGAAGCUACAACAACCAAAGCAACACUGGAGGAUGUGCAGGAGAUAUCCACCCCACUGACAGAGCCACAGGCGAGCAGGCAUCCUCACUUUUUAACUGCAAACCGCUCAAAGAGACAUACUGGGACAAAAUGUCCAAAGAGGGUGUCCCUGCCUGGCGUCAGUUCUCUGAGAGACUUGGAAGACAUUUUCCAGCAGGCAGGUGUUGGACACAACUCACUGGGUUUGACAUACCAGGACCUGAGGGAAAUAUUCGGAACAUCAACACCCAGUGAUCGUUUCGUCAAGUGCUUUGAUACUGACGGGGAUCAGAGGUAUUCACUGAAGGAGCUGAGAGCUGCUGUAGGUUUGUGAGCACAUCGUCACUGAAAGCAGUGAAUAGUAUUGAAUACCCAGAAGGGUCGGGGGUCGCCUCUUUUCUGUAAUUGCUGCACUUUCCUGAACUGAAUAUUUAUCUUACUGAUUGUGGAAAACGUGACACUGACAUUCCCUGUACUCACUCCCUAUCCUUGAGUCCAGUUCAGCCCAGUGUCAGCCACAAAGCAUCUUAAAUUUUAACAGCAAUCCACGAGUAUCUGUACAUAGAAUAUCCAGCUCUUAUUUUAACCAGUUGCUCGGUUUAUAUCAAUAAUCCAUGGAAAAUAAGUGUGAAUUAUUUUGACUCUCAUGAUUUACCCUGAAUCUUAGACUUGCAGUGUUAAUGUACCUGUCUUUAUCUGUUGGUUUGUUUGUUCUUUGGACCACCUGUCUCUUGAUGUAAAUUUUUUUAUAUAUAUUUAGCUUUUCUGAGGCUGUAAUUGUCAGUCUAUUGCAGACUUUCCUCCUGCCGACACCUGGUACAACUCACUUAAACCUUAUUUAUAGAACAGGAGAUAGAAUUUUAUGAAUGUUUACAAAUGACUAUUACAAGGUUUUGUCAGGCAUUUGUUUUGCUUUUAGGCAAUUUCCUAACUCCUCUGAAAACACACAGAUGAGUACUUUUGUAAGCUCUUUUCUAAUCAAAAGUUUCUUCUUCUGUUCUGUUUUGUUUUUUCUCCUCGUCUACUUCAUUCAGUUAGUUUGGAUUGUGUAUAUCGUCCAUCUGUACAUGUAUAUAUAGUGUCUGUGAUUCUUGUUUAUGCAUUUUUCUGAUGUUUUGCAGAUUUGAAGGGCUACGAACACUUUGAAUCACUUAAAGAUUUUUAAAGCAGUAACUCGUGAGGCAUAUGUAGCAAUAACAAAAUGAUUUAGAUGUUGCUUGUGUAGAAUUGCAGUGGAAAGGCAGCACACCUAGCUCACAGUAUGUAACAGGUAGUAUAAGAAGCACUGAUCACUCUGGACUUGACUCAUUUUAUGCCAUUUAAAUGGCCUAAUGUUGUAUUUACAUAAUAGAUUUGUCAUAUUCAGACUUUAUGGUAUGCUGUAAAAAUGUAUUCUAAACCAAUUAUCUUGUGAAUGGGGUUAAGAUGAUAAAAACUUGCUUUACAGAUUUAAUCCAACAUGUUUUUUGUUUUUUUAAUUCUGUUGUGCUUUGCAUGUUCCUUUUUAUGUAACAUCAACACAUUAUUUAUAAACUUAACGUAGGUGACUAAUUGUUUUUGUGGGACAGCAGUUAGCUGGCUUUGGCCACCAUGGCAUAGAUUUUGGGUCCAGCUGCUACUGUGUGUAAAUCAGAGAUUUUAUGAAUGUCUUUGUUUGAGCACCAAUGAAUAAACACACAGUUAAAGGUUU